UUUAUCUCAUUCAUGCUAUCAACCAUAAGUAAAAUUUUAAUCAGAUAACAAAUAAAUACUUGUAAUGUUUUGAGAAUAAUAGAAGUUAAGUUCUACACCGAAAACAGAACGGUAAAAUUUAUAUGUAAACUAAACCGCUAAAAAUUCAUAAGUAAGUGGCGUAAUUGUAUUAUUUAUCCAUCUUAUUUUUUCAAGUAAUUUUCACUAUAAAUGCUAGGCAAAAGUUUAUAAAGAAUUGUUUUUGUGACAUGGAUUCGACAACUGAAUUACACUUCUUAAAAAAAAUAAACGAAUUUGUAUACGAUGAAGAUAAAGUAGUAACAUUUAAAUGGUUGAGCAAGACUUUAGAUGUAAACGUAGAAGAUUCAAAAAAACUAUUGGAAAUUUAUACCACAAAUCAUAAAGGAGGAGACUUAGAAAUUGUUUAUUGGAUUUCUGGCAAAUUAAAUGAUAAUUCUUACCGUACUUUACUUAUUAAGCAAGCAGAGUUUGAUGACAAUUUUCGUGAAUUUGCAGAUGUGUCUUGUAAAUUUAUUUACAGCAUAUAUAAGAAGAAUGAAACUGAUUUUAAAGAAUUAUUGAUUAAUUCUGAAGUAGUAGGCAGUGUUGCAGGAAGCUUAUCUAGUAAACGAUGCAUUAAGAGAACUCUUAAACAAAAAGCACCACUUCCUGCCUUAAAGAAAACUGACAUUACUAAGCAUAAACCUUCGUUAUUUAUUAAUGUACCCGCCAAAAGUAUUAAAAGUGCAAGUGAAAGCAAUGUUAAAACUGUUGUGAGUAGUACGACAGCAAAGAAAGAAAAUGGGACUGCCAAAGGAAUUGCAAAUUUCAUAUCUAAAAUGCCACCAAAACAAAAGGCCCAAUCUGAUAUUUGCAUUUCCAAAAGUAAUGUUAAACCAGAUAAAUCAACAUCAAUCACUGAAGAAGAUGUAAAAGAAAUUAACAAGCUUAAUGAUAAAAUACAAACUAUUAUAGAUACUGAUGAUAGUGAGGAAGAGAAGAGAACCCCAAAGAAUACAAAUCGAAAAGAUGAGAAGCCAAAAAACAAAAGAAAACGUAUUGCAAGUAAUUCUACUGCUAAAAAUAAGAAACAAAGAAAACGGAUUGUGGAACCUAAUGAUUCCGACAGUGAUGAUAUUUUUGCCAAUGAUGAUGAAGAAGAGCAUCAAGAGCCCAUGCAUAUAUCAGAUGAAGAGGAUGACUUAUUGUUAUUAUACAAACCAACAUCAGGUCUUGAUUCGACAAACAAAAAAAGAAAACUAGUUAAGCAAACAUUUACUGAUGAAGAUGGAUACAUUAUGACUUGUAAAAAAUGGGUCUGUGUGGAUGAUGAAUCUGAAGAUGAAAAGAAAAAUACGAUUAAAGACGAUAAAAAGGAGAGUAAGGAUAACAAGGCACCUGAAGCUAAAGAUACACAUCAUGAAGUAAACUUUAAAAAAGUUAAAGAAGAAAACACUGGUAAUGGAACUUCAAAAGCAAAAGGCAAAUCCAAAAAGCCUGUUGGUAAUCAAACUACACUGAUGAAAUUCUUUACUAAAGCAUAAUGAAGGAAUAAAAUCAUCAGUAUUAAGAGAAUAACUGAAUAACUAAUCGAUUUUGUGAUUUUGAUGCCUAGAAUUUCUUUGAAGAUUUAUUUAAAUUAUUAUUGUUGAUCAUAUUCACUGCAUCAAAGCUAUUUUAAAGAGAAAA